AGCGAUUUGACAAAAUAUUCAAAUUUUAGACGCUGCAUUGAGCCCGAAGAAAAAUUAGCUGUUACUCUCAGCUAAAAUAAAAAAAAUGAAGACCGAACAACAAAUAUAUGCUGAACUGUUGUUUCAAAAAAUCUGUGCUAAAGGACUUCUACUACUAUAUGAGGGUUAUUAUAUUGUUGAUAUUUCCAAUAAUCCACAGACACCUCAAUUGCCCAAUGAUCAUUACACUGCAGUAUCUUUCCCAACGGAAUAUUAUUCCACUCCAAGUACAAUGGCAUAUCCAAACAGUGACUCAUCUACAAAAUCAAUUAUCAAGUCGUUACCUAUAAAUCUGAAGAAAAAACUUAAGCCCGCCGCACACGACGCUUUUUUUGGUGCUAGUUCAUGUAUGGGGAGCUGUGAUGGCAACAUUGACGGAUUCGGUGAUUGAAAAUGACGUCACUGCUGGCUCCGUUGCGUGAACGCGGGCUGGAUUUCGGUGAUAGAUCAUGUGCUAUUUUCUGUGCGUGAUAGUUUGAACAAUUUAUGCAGCAACCAAUCAGAAAAUAGAAUCUUGUCACGUGGGCCGACAACAGUGUUUUCGAUUACGUCGUGGUGAUAAUAUUAUUAUACUGAUAAGUGUCAAGUGAUAAUAUAUUAAAUAUUAAUAUAAUAAUUAAUAAUAUCUAGUCUUUAAUCUUUUAAAAGCACAAGUUUGAAGUGUGAACUGUUCAAGUUGCUACCUUACUUAAUACUUAUAACUAACGUAAAUAAGUUUACAACGUUUAAAUUUACAAGUAAAAGAUGCAUAGCCAAAAAUCUGAAAAGUGGUCGAAUGACCAAAUAGAGACAUUGAUUGAUGCAUAUAAGGAAGAGCUCUGCUUAUAUGCGACAAAUCUGGCCACAUAUCACAAUAAGCACUUAAGAGCAGAUGCCAUGGAACGUGUAUGUAAAGCUGUGACAAGCUUAAGGCCGUUCACAAAUACAAAAGAAUGUUCAACAAAAUUCCACAACCUACGAAACCAAUUCAAUAUUGAAAAUGCCAAAGUUAAAACAUCAUUCAAAAGUGGGACUGGUACUGAUGACAUUUAUAAACCAUCCUUAUGGUAUUAUGAAAAGCUUUUAUUUUUGGAUCCAUAUGUUACACCUCGUAAAAGCCGGAAUUCGAUGGAAAACGAAGAAAAAAAACAGAUUUACCAUGUGAGAAUACUAAUAUAAUAUACACAUUAGAAGAAAUUAGUAAUCAAAGUUUGCAGUUUGGAGAGAAUGAGUUAAUCCAAGAAAUAUUUGUGCCAGACGACA